GUUUACUUAUUUCCAGAGACACAUCAAGUAGGGCACAGCAUUUUAGGGCGCGUCCUCCUCGAGAGCAGCUAUGUCCGACAAGCUCGCCCCCGACAAGCGCCACAAGUUCGUCCACAAUGGGCAGACCAUCUACGAGUGGGAUCAGACGCUGGACGAGGUGAAUAUCUACAUCGAUUUGCCCAAGCAAAUUCCCAAGAAGCUCUUCUCCUGCAAUAUCCAGCUGCAACAUGUGGAAGUCGGCAUCAAAGGGAAUCCGCCAUACCUCAAUCACAAUCUAGGGGGCCCUGUCAAGCUGGAUGGCUCGUUCUGGACAAUAGAGGACGAGACUCUGCACAUUAAUCUCCAGAAACGAGACAAGGGCCAGCCGUGGCAAACCGCGAUUGAGGGACAUGGACAAUUGGAUCCUUACUCGGCAGAUUUGGAGAAGCGUCGACUAAUGCUUGAACGCUUCCAGGAAGAGCACCCGGGAUUUGAUUUCUCGCAAGCAGAAUUCAGUGGCCAGUGUCCUAACCCGAAAACAUUCAUGGGUGGUAUGAAACACUAGCGCUAGGUGGCUCCUUUCUAACGUAACCAGAGCAUAGAUAUAUAUAUAUAUAUACAUAUGUACAUUCUCUAGCGCU